UUCCGCGCCGGCCUAGAAAGAGAAGGAGCGAUUCCCCUCGUCCUCUUGCCAAGCCAGUGUGGCGUGUGAUACCGAACGCGUCGAGUCACUCGGGGGGUACGCAAGGCGAAAAAUAUUGCUCUCGAAUCUCUCAGGCACUCGCGAAAAAAACAAACAAAAUACAUAUACUUUAUUCUUUUUUCUUUUCCGAUUUCACUUCAAGGUUUAAACAAUUUUUUUUUUUUUCGUCCCUAUCCCUCGUCUCUCCUAAUCAACAAUCUUCUCGCCCGGUUGAGAAACGUGAAAGAUUUGCGAGCGCAUUAAAAAUAAUUUUCACCUGGGUACCCGUCACACGAAUUCGUUAUCACAACAUCGUUAGCGAAACCACACUCGAAAAAAUUGUAUCUCUUUUGUAAUAAAAAAAAAUUAUAUUAAAAAAAACUAAAAAAAUUUACAUUUAAAAAAUAAAAUAAAAAACGGACUCGACGCAAAAAAAAAAUAUAUAUAUAUAACUAAGUUGAAGACGACAGUUACAUUUCUGAAGCGAACAUAUCUCGAGAAAAGAAUUCCAGCCACACGUUUUAGAUUUUUUUUUUUUUUUUUCCGUGUUUCUUCGGGCGGAGGAAUAGUUGAGUUGGCUCGCGGGCCCGCGAACAUGGAAGCGAAGAAUCUGGCGACGACGGGCGAGAGGAAGACUCGGCCGACAACACCUGCGGCCCAGAACAACAAGGGCGACAGCGCAGCUGCAGGCGGGCGCGGGGGACUGCCUCUCAUGCAGUGCGGCUCCCUGGAAGUGUGCGAGGAGCGCCGCCGACGCGUGACCAUCAUGGAGGCAGCGACCGAGCGCGCCGACGACUGCAAGCCGGGGCCCGACCAGCGCCGCCUGGCCGUGCUGAGCUACGAGCAGGCGCGGCGACUCAACGACGUGAUGGACGAGGUGGUGAGCAUCCACGGCCGCGGCAACUUCCCCACCUUGGAGGUGCGGCUGCGCGACCUGGUGACGGCGGUGCGCGCCAAGCUGGAGGCGGAGCCCGCGUCGGGGGGCGCCGGCAUGCGCGUGCGCGACAUCCGCCUGAACGGCGGCGCCGCCUCGCACGUGCUCGCCACCUCCGAGACGCCGCAGACCUACAACGACCUGGACCUCAUCUUCGGCGUGGAGCUGUCGGGCGCGCGCAACUUCGACCGCGUCAAGGGCGCCGUGCUGGCGUCGCUGUUCGACCUGCUGCCCGAGGGCGUCAGCCGCAAGCGCAUCACCUCGUGCUCCAUGAAGGAGGCCUACGUGGGCAAGAUGGUGAAGGUGAACCACGACGGCGACCGCUGGUCCCUCAUCUCGCUCGGCAACUCGCGGGGCCACCGGAACGUCGAGCUCAAGUUCGUCGACUCGAUGCGGCGCCAGUUCGAGUUCUCCGUCGACUCGUUCCAGAUCGUGCUCGACUCGCUGCUGCUGUUCUACGAGUGCAGCGAGCUGCCGAUCGGCGAGAACUUCUACCCGACGGUGGUGGGCGAGUCGGUGUACGGCGACUUCCAGGAGGCGCUCUACCACCUGCACAAGAAGCUGAUCGCGACGCGCCACCCGGAGGAGAUCCGCGGCGGCGGCCUGCUCAAGUACUGCUACCUGCUCGUCAAGGGCUACCGCGCCGCCCAGCCGGACCGCAUCAAGAACCUGGAGCGCUACAUGUGCUCGCGGUUCUUCAUCGACUUCUCGGACAUCUGCCAGCAGCGCGCCAAGCUGGAGAACUACCUGUGGAACCACUUCUGCGGGCCGGACGAGGACGAGGCGCUCAAGUACCAGUACCUGGUGCUGCUGCACGACGUGGUGGAGGAGUCGACGGUGUGCCUGAUGGGGCACGAGAGGCGCCAGACGCUGUCGCUGAUCGAGGAGCUGGCCUACGCCGUGCUGUGCCAGGAGCAGCAGCGGCUCAUGGCGCAGCACGCGCCGCCGCCGACCACCCUGCUGUACGCCAACGGCGUGUACUACGCGCCGGUCAUCUCCGCGGCGACGACCGCCGCCCUGCCGUGCUACCCUUGCACGUGCAGCGCGUGGAUGGCGUGCUCGUCGUGAUGUGCGCCGCAGACUGACGCCUCCCGCCGCGGGGAGCAACUCCAGAGACUGCUUGCACCAGGCGUCGUCGCGCCCGCGUCCAACUAGAGCCGGAGUACCGGCGCGCCUCUUUCAGGGCCAUCCGAUCAUUUUUGUACCUGUGGAGAGAAAAAAAAAGUUUCGAUUCACCAUCUAUGCUUUAUUUGUUUUGAAAUGAGAAUGAAUGGUUUGAAGAGAAAAAAAAAAACUUUUUUUUUUGGUGAUGGAAAUCUUGACAAGGGCAUGUAAUUUGGAAAAAGUGCUACCAGUGUGUUGUAUUAUAUGCUAGAAAAUAUUUUUUUCAAGUAUUUGCUGUUGGCUCUUUAACAAAAUUAUUUCAUUUUAGUAUGUGCGUACCAACCAUCGUGAGUGGAUGUUGAAAACGAUAUUCUGUAGUCUGUUAUGAAUGCUUUCGAGCAGUGCAGUGAUUUGAACUCGUAAAUUACCAAAACCAUUCCGAUCUUAAAGGUGGAACGUGGAAAAAACCAAAUUCAUCAUUGUUUAGUUUUGGUUGAUGAAUGUGUGGCUGUGAACACAUUUUAUGUAGAUUACUAAACAAAAAAAAUCUGGUUGUAUAAAUCAAGAUUUUUAAAGAAAGCUAAGAAAAAAAUUACCAUAAAAAUAGGAAAACUUGUAAAAAAAACUUGAUUUUUGAACUAAUGUGAGGACUGCAGCCUGAGUUUUAAACUAUUGUGCAAGUUCAAGUGAACGUGCAGCUCUUUCUGUGUGGGAUAUUUUGGAAACUUAAGUUUCUUGGUUGAGGUCAAAUGUCUUCGUUGCGCAAGUCUCAUGAAUUCUUGAGUAUCAAUUUAACUACGCCAUUUCACAACUUUUAUUAUUAUUUUUUAACAAAUUUGUAUUAUCAAACUUAACAUCACAGUUCUCAAUGUGGCUUGCUGAAUGUUAAAAUUUUUGUUUGAAACCAAACUGGGUGCCUAAAAAGAAAUGUCUCUCAAUUAAAUCCAGUUGGUCCCAACAGUUAUUUUAAACUCUAGGUGAAGAUGCUUGUUGCAGAUCUGCAUCACUGCAAAAUUUUGCAGCCAUUUUAUUUGUUACUCCUGGCUCUCCUGCCUUUGUGUAGCUCUGCAAAUGUUUGGGGGAAUGUCAUUAGGCUGCUGAGCAUUUAAAAAAAAUUAUCUGCCUAUAUACUUUUUAUCAGAUGCUGAGUAGUUACAGCAUGAAAAAGUUGUUCAUCACUAAUGGUUUUCUUGUUUACUUAUCAAAAACUUAAUCAAAAUUAGUGUACUGUACAAAAAUUUAAGCAGUUUGUGCAGUUUAAUUUUUUUUGCAGUUAGCUGCAAAUUGUUAUUUAUUAAUUUCAUUAAUGGCUGUUUUUUUUUACAUUUGACAGUUUGAUUAUAGAAACUUUUUGUCACCCACAUUUUGUAACUUUACAGUUUUAGACACUCAAUUAUAAAUAUUUUAAAUUGUUAGCAUUUUAAUGAAAGAGUACAGAUCAGCAAUGAAAUGGGUUAAACAAUUUAAUGCUGCAGUUUUCAUGAGGCGGAUACAAUUUUUAUAAUUGUGCUACAUAAAACUUGUAAUUUAGAUUGUUUACUUGUGUGUAGAUUGUGCUUAAGGUUUUUCAUAAUUUCUUAGUAUCAAUUUGUAGGUAACUAUUUGCAUUUGUAAUUGUUUAUGUAUUUAUCUGAAUGGCACAUGCAUGCCUAAAUAAUUUUUAGUGUGUGAAUAGUAUGGAUUUAUAAGUAUGUGUUAGUCUGUGUUUAAAUGUUUUAAUAUAUGAAAUUAAUAAAUUUAUUAGUGUGUGACAUGGUACUCUUAAAACAAAUUCUUGCCAAAUAUUAAUCCAAAUUUGCUUCUAUUGGAGUUAACCUUUUUUUAAAAAAAUGGAAACAGUUAUUUCAGUAUAAAGGAUCUCGGCUAUAUUUAAAAUUAGCUUUUAAAGAUAUUCAAUGCAUGUAAGAUAGAAUAAUAAUUUGCAGGUGGCCAAUAAUAAACUGAAUUAAAAUAGGUUAAAUAUCAUAGUUGACCAUGUUGUGUUAAGAGUAAUUUUAUUACAAAUCAAUGCCACUAUAAUACAAGAAAUGUAUAGGGAGAAUUUUACAGAUGGUUUAUAAGACGAUUGAAUGCAGUGUAGGGAUUAUGUGUGGUGUGAACAUUGCUAUUCUAUGGCUGUUCAUCAGACAAUUUAUUUAUAAGAAAACAUGUGAAUCUGUAUAUUGCACCACUCAAUUCCUCAUUUUGUUCAAGUUUUUUUUUAAGCUGUGCAUGUUUAAAUGAUUAUUAAUUUUUUUGAUGCAGCAUGUAAAAGAAUAUAUAUAUUUUUUUGCAUUUGUAGGUGGUGGUCUCCCAGUAUUUUUUAAAAAUUAUUUUUGAUGUUGAUUUGCGAGUUUGAUCUCUAUAUAUUGAGUCUGUAAUUUUGGAAUGUUAUUAGGAAUAAAGCUUAUUUUGUUACUGAAUAGUUUCUCGUACUGCGAUACGAUGCCACGUUUCCAGCAGGAGUUAGGCAAUCGCCAUUUACUGUGACGUCACGACAGUGCUUCACUCAGGCUGCAGGCUUGCUGUACAGAACUUCCCAUGGAGGAAUCACAAGUGGAGUAUUGUAUAGUUUGUAAAAAAAAAUUAAUGUAUGCUGGAAUCUUAACAAACAUGAUAAUGAAAUGUAUUUUGUCAUCUUCUGAAAAAUCGUUGAAAUAUAAUUUGAAGCCUUCAAUUA